AUGGGUAAAGACUUUCGUUAUUAUUUCCAGCAUCCCUGGUCUCGGUUGAUUGUGGCUUACUUGGUGAUCUUCUUUAACUUCUUAAUAUUUGCGGAGGACCCAGUUUCUCAUAGCCAAACAGAAGCCAACGUUAUUGUUGUUGGAAACUGUUUUUCAUUUGUAACAAAUAAAUACCCUAGAGAAGUUGGCUGGAGGCUUUUGAAGGUGCUUCUAUGGCUACUUGCCAUUCUCAUAGGACUAAUAGCUGGCAAAUUUCUGUUCCAUCAGCGUUUGUUUGGUCAGUUGCUUCGGUUAAAAAUGUUUCGAGAGGAUCAUGGAUCGUGGAUGACAAUGUUCUUCAGCACAAUUCUCUUUCUCUUCAUAUUUUCUCACAUAUACAACACGAUUCUUCUAAUGGACGGGAACAUGGG